AUGGCUGACAUGCGCAAGUACGACUACUGGCCAGUCCCAGCGGAAACGACGCCAUCCUCAUGGUUGUUAACCGACUCACGAGAAUGGCGCACUUCAUCGUCUGCCAACAGAAAGUUACAGCUGAGCAUACUGUCCAACUGUUCAUCGCCAACGUCAUCCGACUGCACGGAUUACCCACCGCCAUCAUUUCUGACCGAGACCCGAAAUUCACAUAGAAUUUUUGGCGCCACAUGUGGGACCAGUUCACCACCAAAGUACAGUUUUCCUCCGCCUACCACCCACAGACCGACGAGCAGACCGAACGAGUCAACCAAACUACCCAAUAUCGAGACCCCAUGACCAGCAUGGUGACACCUGUCA